UCCGUUAAUGAUAAAACACCUUUCAAGUUAGUUGCACGUGCCUAUUGACAAAAUGAAGUUCGUAAAACAGUCUCAGAAAUUGCAGUUGGAUGCUGUUUGUUCUUUGUCCAAUAAACGUUAUUUUCGACAUGGCUCGCUUUUACCCGACACCAUUCGCUGUAUAAUAUGUGGCCCAUCGAACUGUGGAAAAACAAAUUUAAUUGUCGGUUUGCUGCUACAUGAACAUGGUCUACGCUUUCAAAAUGUUUAUGUAUAUUCUAAAACCUUAUUUCAACCAAUGUAUCAAUUUCUAGAGCAAGUUUUAAAGCUAGUUCCUUCAGUAUCAUUUCAAAAAUAUAACGCAAAUGAUGAAAUCUUAAGUCCUCAUACAGCAAACAUGAAUUCCAUUAUAAUAUUUGAUGAUGUUGCGUGUGAAAAUCAAAAUAAUAUACGAGAUUACUUUGCAAUGGGAAGGCAUAAAAAUAUAGAUAGCUUUUAUCUAAAUCAGACGUAUAGUAAAAUACCUAAACAAUUAAUAAGAGAUAAUGCUAACUUAAUUAUUCUUUUUAAACAGGAUGAUAUUAAUUUAAAGCAUGUUUAUGAUGAACAUGUAGGAAGUGAUAUGUCAUGGUCUCAAUUUCGUGAAAUGUGUGCACAAGUAUGGAAGAUCCCGUUUGAUUACUUAGUCAUAAAUAAAGAUUGUAAUAGAAAUUCAGGCUGUUAUAGAAAAGGAUUUGAUACAUUUAUAAUUCUAGAUUGACUUGAUAUAUAAAGCAUAGUAUUACAUUAAACACUUAUUGCUUAAAAUGAAACCAUCUAGUUCAGACAUGGAACAUAAAAUUAAUGAAGAAAAAUUGUUUAAACAAAAAGUACUCAAAUCUGCUGAAGCAGUAAGAAAAAAAGUUAAACGCAUUCGUGAUGUUAAAUCAAACGAUAAUAUGAUGUUGGAAGCAAUGUUAAAACCAAUCACAGACCCACUUGGUGAAAUGGUAAAAAAACAUAGUAGUAAUGAUAACAAUCUAAUCAUUAGUGACUCAGAUUUUGAUAACGAUAGGUUUAAAUGGAACAAGCCAGUAAAAACAUUGAAAUAUAGUCCUUCAGAAGAUGGGAUGAAAGAAAGUUUGGAUAAUAAAACUUUGUUGAGAAAGUCAUUUGAAUCUGAACCAAAUUAUAGUGAAAAUGAAUUAAAUGAUAGUGAUUCUUCAUCUCAAGAAAGUGUGAACCAAAGUGAUUCUGAUACAACAAAUAAUAUUUCAUUUAGAACGUCAGACUCGUUUCCUUCUCCUCGCGAUGAUCCCGCUUGGCAGAAACAAUAUUUUAUCAUGAACAUUCCAUUUGGUGUACGAAAUGAGCGUGGAAAGCUAAUGCUUGGAUCUUACCCAAUUUCUGUUAAUGAUGAUAAACUCGUGAUAGGUGGAGAAAGUUAUUUUUUAACACAAGGCUUACAUGAUUUGUUGUUUAAGAAAGUACCUGACUUAAAACUAGUAACUGAAGAUGAUAAACGAUUAUAUAAAACAUUGUUAAUGAAAACGAAUGCACAUAGACGCGACUUUGAUCCAAAGAAACCCAUAAAAAGCAACAAGGGUAUGAAAUAUUUAAACCUUAUAAAACCUCUUUUCAAAUUAUCCAAACAGCGCACAGUAAGUGAAGAAUAUAUAUCCGGUAAAGGUUUACCAUCAAUGAAAAAAGUAAAAAGAGAUAUUUCAUAUGUAUAUUGGGAUGAUCCAAACGAAUUAGUUGACAGAUUAAAACUGCUUAUAGCAUCGCGUGACGCUGGAAAUACAGGGUUAGAUAACGAGAUAAUAUCCAUAAUUGAAGAAUUACGUGAAGCAGGCUUAAUAAAUAAUAUAUAAAUGUAUAUACUCUUACCUUUCCCAUCAGUUGAAGUUUGACUUUCAAGUAAAAAAUGAAUAUAGACAAAUUCGGUCACCAUGUUCAUAAACGUUUGCGUACUGAUGAAAUCUCUGAGCUCAAGUACAAGGCUUUGCUUCGAACAGAAGCAGGAAAUUUUGAUCUAAAAACUAUAAGAUUAAAAGGGGUUGUUAAACCAUUAUCUUCCGAUGAUGCAGUUAACAAGCAGUACGUUGAUGAACACAUUCAAAACAUGUACGAAAAGAAGUAUAUAGACUCUUUGUUUAACACAAUAAAUAAUCAAAUUCACCAACUCGUAACUCAGUUAAAACUGAACUUUUAUACGAAGAAGGAGAUAGACGAUAUUUUAAAAAAUAUAA